GGCAGGACCUUGUAAGGUUGUGAACCAAAUGUUGCAAACCAGAUCUUAUGCUGUUUUGGGAAGACCGAAGAUCGCGAGUGUUCUUCCAACACGUCCUAGAAAAAAAAUCAGGGUUGGAAAAGCGAGACCGGCCAUAUAUCACAAAUUCGACACCUUAGUUGAACUUUCGGACGGAUCCGUCAUUACCCGUCGCACACAGAUACCUAAAGCAGAAGCGAGAAUGAUUGUUGACCAGAGAACUAACCCACUGUGGAAUCCAUCUAAGCCAGAUAUGUCACAACUUGAUGCCGAGAAUAAUGGAAGAAUGAGCAAAUUCAAGAGCAGGUUCUCGCAAUUUGAACAUUCUGGUAAAACAGAAGAGGAGGUUAAGGCUGAACAAGAAGCCUUAGAGAAAGAAAGAAGAGAAAGAAUCUUGAGUGGUACUGGGGUCAAACUCGAUGACACACUUGCAGAUGAUUAUGUUAGUGUGUUGGGAGAAAAUUACGUUGCCACGAAGCUCGGUGGGAGAGUUGCUCGAAAGGAAAAAGGAAGCAAGAAACGUUAAGAUAAAUGUAUAUAGCGC